GGUAGAUAGGUAUAUUUAUCGGCGAUAGACUGGCUAUCGCGGUGUGGAGGAGUAUGCAUGUGAUGUCCCGGGUAAAUUAUACCCCGCGAACCGGCGGCGGAGAGACGCUUGCGCGGUUGGAAAACGCGAGAGAGGAUCUUGGGAUCCGCGGUUGUUUCGCAAUUCUUAGAAUCCAGUCGCGCACCAAUAUCGGCGCGUCAAAGUUUAGCGAGCCUGCACGCCGGGUGCACGCCGUCUCGCGUUUUCAAAACCCGGUCGCCGAUUUGUCCCCGAAAACGGAUUUCAAAAAAUCGAAAAGGAAAGUAGAGAAAGUUCAAUAUAUAGAAAGACCGAAAAUGUAGAGCAAGCCAAGAGAUAAAAUUGUCCAAAUUCCCGGCGAGACUAUACCUUAGGGGGCACAAAAAAAAUUUGUUUAGUACGCUGAAACAAAUUGCUGUGAAAGGAGAGCCCUGUAGCUCAAUUAUAAAAGGUCGCUCACGAGGCUUUUGUAUUCCGUAUCUGAUUAAUUCGUGAAGAAUCAGAGGGGCAGCGACAGGGGAAUCGGUAAGUUUUGAAUAUUUUUGUCUGCACCCAUAUUUCGCUGAAGCCUACUAUUAUAUAUAUCUAUGAAAGAGUGCAGAUAUCACGGUCGAAAAAGCUCAAGAUUUUUAGAAAUCCAACCGAUAAAAUGUUCGAUUGUAACACUCAUAGAACUUCCAAAAGAUUUGUAAAAAAACAAGCCCAUUGUGCGCUUAUUCGGUAACGGGGUGGAGCUUCUCCCGUCGCUGCCCCUCUGAUUUUUCACGUGUUAAUCAGAUACGAAAUACAAAAGUCGCGUGAGCAAUCUUUCAAAAUUGAGUUACAGGGCUCUACUUUCACGGCAAUUUGGUUUAGCACACAAAUCAACUUUUUCGAUUUACGCCAGAAAAAAGAAUUUUUUUUGGUCCACCCUACUACACGUAUUUCGUUUUUCUAUGCUUCACCUUUUCACAUUUUGACUAAUCUAUAUUUUUCGCCGUUCUACAUUUCGAAAUUCCAUGAGUCAGGCUUGCGCGUCUUUAAAAAUUCUACAUUGAGGUCCUCUAUUGUGUUCCCAUUAUACUUUUUAAACCCUACACAUGUUUAUCCGCUCACCCCGUCCCUUUUCCACAUAUCCUUUUGUCAUUUUCCAACUUUCGCGCGAUGAUUGAUUUCCGAUUUUUUCUCGCCCCUUGUUAUACCCUCGUUUAUUUCCAUCGAAACUCGCUCUCAAUUCAAAGUUUUCGGUGAAAAGUUAUAGGGAAAGUUUUCGUUGAAGUCUUGAGCUCCGGGCUUAAGGGUUCGGUAGUUAUUUAGGCUUUUUAAUCCACCAAAUCGCUCCUAUGCUUCCAUCGAUUGUCUAAUAAGGGCAAAUUUCGCCACGGGCUUCGAGACGCGAAGGUUGUGAAUAACAAUGUAAAAUGAUGGUAGCAAUGAGGCUAAUAAGAAGGAGAUUAUGAAAGAUGAGAUAAGGAGAGGAAAAGAUAUGGGGAAAAAGAUUAGAUGAAACGUUGAUUGGUCGGGCGGAUCGCUUGGAAAUGCUGUGAGAAUACUUCAAUCAGUCUUGCAGAGAAAACGGUGUUGUAUGUAAAGUGUAUACAUGUACACAGCUAUACAUGUAUAUAACUAUCCUUCGGAAAAGGACGGUUAAUUAAUUGGGUGAUCACGACUCGAGUUACUCCUUCAAGAAGAGGAUAGUGACUGGGUUACCGCGUCAGCGUUCUUUGCUCUUAUCUACCCCUUUCCCUCCCUCAAUGUUGAUAAAUCAAGUUGAGAAAUGUGAAAAACAAGAGAGAAAAAACUUGAAGAACAGUCAAACAGCACAAUGGAAUGAAUCGUAACGAGGUAUCAAAAACUUUGGUCUAAACGUCGUGUAUAUCUGUGUACAAAGUAACGACAGUAAGACAUUGUGGAAAGGGAAGAAACGCGAUAUAAACUUGAAUGAGGGAAAAAUGUCGAGAUGUUACGCAAAAUAAAAAAAAAAUAAAAACAAAUAAAAACCAAAUCGUGCGAAAAUACAGCGGUGCAGGUACGAGGAUAAGACGUAGUAGGGAAAAUUUGUUUCAGUGAUCGGUAAAGAGUUGCGGUAGAGUGGUUUGGCAACGGUGCGGUUGAAUAAUCCGGUCCGAGUAUGAAUUGCCGGGAAGCGGAUAAUUUGCAUCCGGGGUCUUGACGUCAUCGUGAAACUGCAGGAUCGGUAGUGUCCUCGGUAGGAUGGGGAACGGUAACAAUACGAGUUUCGAGUACCCGGACUGGGACCUGACGGCGAACGCGGGAGUCCAGGCGGCGUUCUGCAUCCUCUACGGGAACAUAUUCGUCCUGGGCUUGUGCGGCAACGCUCUUGUGUGUUUCGUGGUGGCGCGAAACCGGCAGAUGCAGACGGUGACGAACCUCUUCAUAACGAACCUGGCGCUGAGCGACGUCCUCCUCUGCAUCCUGGCCGUGCCCUUCACACCCCUCUACACCUUCCUCGGCGGGUGGGUGUUCGGCAACACGCUCUGCCACCUGGUACCCUACGCCCAGGGCGCCAGUAUCUACAUAAGCACCCUGACCCUGACCGGUAUCGCCGUCGAUCGUUUCUCCGUGAUAAUCUACCCGUUCCGGCCGCGGAUGCGGGUCGAGGCCUGCCUCGCCAUCAUCGCCGGGAUAUGGGUCGUAGCCCUGGUCCUAACCCUGCCGUACGGCAUCUACAUGCAGCUGCAGGAGAAUCGGUACAAGCUCUGCGAGGAGAACUGGCCCAGCGAAGACUUCAGGAUGGUCUUCAGCAGCCUCACGUCCAUUCUCCAAUUCGUGCUGCCCUUCUUCGUCAUCGCUUACUGCUACGUCUGCGUGUCCGUCAGGCUCAACGACCGCGCCAAGGCCAAACCCGGAUCCAAGACCAGCCGACGCGAGGAGGCCGAUAAGGAGCGGAAACGGCGCACCAACCGCAUGCUCAUCGCCAUGGUCUCGAUCUUCGGCGUCUCCUGGCUUCCUCUCAACAUCGUCAACGUCCUCAACGACUUCUAUUUACCCGUCACGGACUGGUCCUACUACAGGCUCUGCUUCUUCAUGACGCACUGCCUCGCGAUGAGCAGCACGUGCUACAAUCCCUUCCUCUACGCCUGGCUAAACGAGAACUUUCGCAAGGAGUUCAAGCAGGUGAUUCCGUGCUUUAGACGCGCCUACGAGGGGCGAAAUCCCAACGGGAAAUCCGUCGGUGGACUUCGGACCGAACGGACCUGCGACGGUGAGGCUGACGUUGACGGAAACGGCGUUGGAAUCGGUGUGGAGGCCUUUCUAGAGGAGACGCUGCUUCGCGUUCCUGACGCCAAUGUAACGGGGUCCGAACUCGUCGUCCUCGACCGCUCCACUGGCUCCUCGUCCGACCCAAAGGACAAACGACGCUCAGUCGCCCUUCGCGACGUAGCUGAGGACGCGUUGUAGGAAUCCACUGCGAAACAAGCUUCGCGCGGGGAAUUAAAUGAAUUUUCCAAGUACCUGAGCGAAUCCGCAAUGACACACCGCGACCGUUUUUCAACUUUACACAUCGUAUACUUAGCCCCCAGUCAUAUAAUGAGUGAGAGGGAAGUUUCCAAGAAAUAAUAUGUACCUAACGACGUUGGGCGAGAAAAUUUUGCAGAACCAUCUCUUGGUCUAAUUUUCUCGGCCGCGCGCCAAUCAGCGGAAACCUGUUGAAAUACCCGAUAUGGCACGAAAUUUCAGUACGACCGUCGAGGUGUUUUCUGGCUGCAGAUUAUUUCAUACAGGUAUUCAUACGGCCGGCCACCCUCUGCAUAUUAUUCCGAGACACGGGGUUCGGGGGUUUGGAAAUCCGGGUGAAGACAGUGACGGGAUUUGAGAAGUGGUGGAUCGAACCGAGUAGAUUAUAAUCAGCGGGUUUGCGGGGGGCAAAUCCCGCUCUCCCGAGAGUAUACAUACCGGAACUGUGACUGCAAGGGUUGCUGUGGAAACUUUUCCAGGCGUUGACGGGACCGACGGGGACGUCGUCGAGGCAACCUGCCCUCUCGAUCUCGGCUGGCGACGGCUGCGGGAGAUCUCAACGGGGUUCGGCUCGUCCCCAACCCAAUAUCAAGCCGACGGUGCGGAUCUCAGUCCCGGAUUUGUCACGUACCAGCAACCCGACUCUGCUCUGCCCGGUUCAGCAUCUCUCCAUCCGGCACGGCAUUCCUGAUCAAGACAACGAGCGAGGAGUAACGAAGAGAUUUAGCCCCCAUCUCUCUGUGUGGCAUAAUUAUAAUUAGCCGUGAGAUUAUACAGGCGAAACGAUGUAAAGUCUAUCCGCGAUUAUACGAUAAUGUAACUACGGCCUGCAUGAUUAUGUGAUAUAAUACUUCGCACUGUUGGAAAUCUCGCUUCUCGCAAUUCGCUACAGUUUAUUAUUCACACCCCUUUCUCUGUGUCGCUUUUUGUUCGCAGAUUUGACGGGGUUAAAAUUUCUCACGCCCUUACUUGGAAUUGUUAAAUUUUCACCGUAACCGCGACCCUGAGUUUUUCAACAGCGCGCGUGUAAACUUGUACGUAAACGACAGUCGUGUAACACCGUCUGCCUGAGCGUAUGCGCGUGUGCGUGUGUGUGUGCGCGCGUGCGUGUAGAAUAUUGUAAUACAUCGAAAAAUGUUUGUGUAUAGAGGUUGAAAAAGGCAGAAGAAAAGAUAAAUAAAACAAAUCGU